AUGCACAUUCACGACGUCCUUAUCAUUGGUGGCGGGCCAGCAGGCCUAGCAGUAGCAGCACGACUCCGUGAACACACACCAUCGGCAACCUUCACAGACGAUGAGCACCAACGGUACCACUGGAUCCGGAAACAUGGCCGAAAAAUGAACAUCAAAAACUACCGAACGAACAAGGACUCAUUACCAACGCCACCCUCCACCCCCGGUAGCUCAGAAUGUGGCUGCGAUCAUGAUGUACCAACCGAGGAAUUCAUAGACAUGGUGGUUCUCGAUGCAGAUGGCGCAGACUGGAUGUCCAAAUGGAAACGCCUCUUCAAAACCUUUCACAUUGAUUACCUUCGAAGUCCGAUGUUCUUCCACGUUGAUCCCGCUGAUCGUGAUGCACUGCUCGGGUACACCUAUGAAAAGGAGAGGGAGAAGGACAUUCAAGCUUUGCCUGGCGUUGCCGGAAAGGAAGUCAGCAAGCAUAAAAAGAAGAAGAACUUGAAGACGCAAGGGCGAUUUUUGGGUCGCACACCCGAUGUGGAUGAAAGGGAUCGAAAAGAUUACUAUGUGCCACGUACCGAUCUAUUUGAUGCGCAUUGUGAAGAGGUUAUCAAGAGAUAUCGACUUGGCAAGGAUCUAUUGAGGAAAGAGAGCGUCAUGGACAUCCAAUAUGACAAGGUUUCGAAGUUUGACGAGACAGAGCUCAGAAGUUUCAUCUCGGAUGGUGCAGUGGCGGAUGAGAGAAAAAUAUUUCGGGUCGAAACAGACCAAGGCGUACGCUUUGCACAUCUAGUUGUGCUGGCUGUUGGUCCUGGGAAUGCGCCAUCGAUACCCCUCGUUCCUGGUCUACCUACUCAACGUCCACACGAAGGCUUUGCUCACGCGAUGCAGAUUAAGCAAUUUCCACCAUCUCAUGUGAUGGCUAAAAUUCAGGCUCGCCAGCUGACGAGUAUGCUCAUCGUUGGUGGCGGCUUGACGAGCAUCCAACUCGCAGAUUUGGCGAUUAAGCGGGGCGUCAACAAAGUGUGGAUGCUCAUGCGUGGACCACUUAAGGUCAAACAUUUCGACGUAGAUUUAGAGUGGGUCGGCAAGUUUCGGAACUUCAAGCAAGCUGAGUUCUGGACGGCAGACACAGAUGAAGAGCGCUUUGAUAUGAUUGUACAAGCCCGCAACGGAGGUAGUAUGACACCACGCUACCGGAAAAUUCUCGAUUCGCAUGUCGCGUGUCGAAAGAUCGAGCUACAUAACUAUACCAAACUCCAUUCCGCGGAAUGGGAGCAAUCAUCCAAAACAUGGGCCUGUGAGGUGUCUUCGGCAGAAUCAAUCCUCAAGCUCCCGCCUGUAGACUAUAUGGUCUUUGCAACCGGUAUCCAGUCUGACAUCCGUACUAUUCCUUACCUUCAGAGCAUCCAGCAACAAUAUCCAAUCAAGUACAUUGGCGGUUUACCAUGUCUGAACGAAGACUUGAUGUGGGACGACAAUGUUCCUCUGUUUGUGACAGGACGACUCGCCGGAUUGAAACUGGGGCCCGGAGCACCGAACCUAGUCGGAGCAAGAGUAGGCGCUGAGAGAAUUGCUUGGAACGUGGACGAAGCUCUCAAGAAACUGGGCAAGCUAAGUAACAAUGCGCAAGACGAGAGCGAUGACAAUAGUAGCGAUGAGAAGAUGGUUGCCUAUGCUGCGGCAAGGGACAAUCGAUUCGAUAGUUUGUUCGAGUUAGACGAUGCUACCGCCUAG